AUUACAUGAUUUUCAGGGUCAAUUUUAAGAAAAAAUUCUCUCCGUGUAUUGAUAAUAUUGUCAGAUAUGUCUUGUUAGUAAAGAGAGAAAGAGAGAGUUGUAAUAAGGACUACGAUGACAAUCGCAUUAACGAGCGAGAAGCGUGUCUAAUGAAUUUUCGAGAUAUCUUGUACAGUACGUUUGCGCUGUCAGAAAGAAAAUUACGUGGUAUAUGUGUAUGUACGUGUGUGAGGAUGCGUGCUUCACGUUCAAUAGAAUAGAACGCUAUUUGAUUCAUUUUCGACAAAUUCGGUAGAACCUCCAAACUUUCCGAUACAGGAGAAAUACGUAGAUUUUUUUAUUCUAUUGUGAGAUUGAAAUUGUGCAGAUUCUAUUGUAAGACUGACAUGCACGGGCAAAGUAAAAUUUGGAUUCGACGCGGAGAUGCGCGCGCGCGCCGGCUGGUUUUGAGAAGAGACGAUCGGAUGCGAGAAGGCCGUCGAAGAGAAUCGCUGUGAAGGAGAGUGAUUUUCAGGACGAUCGAAUACCGGGACGAUCGGGUCUCGGUGCCUCAUCUCGUCUUCGAGGCAUACGGCCUUUGCUUUCACUUUCUCACGUGGUAGAGAUGAGCAGACACCCUCUCUCUCUUCGUGCCGUCGCAUCGCCGCGAGGCUAAAUUACUCGCUCGGCUAAUCCGGUGGUCAUUGUGAGCUAAAGGCGUCAAAAACAAAUGCUGCGGAAUGGCAUUUGGAAAAUUCGCGCGUAUUAAUCUCGCGCGUCCAGGGCAGAGCGGGGAAAAUGGCGCCACGCACGAAAGCGUAGAGGAGACGUCGCGAAAACAAAGUUACGCAAUAGGUCACAGUAAAUUAGAACACGCUAGAGUUAGGUGAUUUCGAAGAAAUUGCCAAAAAAGAUCAGAGCGAGGUAGAGAAAAUUCAUUUAGUUCUCAAUCGACGUGUAAUACACACACACGACGAAUAUUAUUAAUGAUUAUGAUAUUACGCAAUUAUAAUAUUAACAUCAAUUAUUAAAUUGGAAUCCAUUCACUUUCUCUCGGAUCAAGAUGCGCAUACACAAACAUGUAUUGCAUAACAGGUGUCACGGGUCGGGGUGAUGAUCGUAAAGGAUCGAUUUGUUCGACUGUAGCUUCGCACACCGUUAUCACAACAUGCCUGGGAAUAUUAUGGAGUUGCGUAUUAGGUCUUCAACGACCACCACCGAGGUAUUCUCAGCAAUACAUGCCGGAAACCUCGUUCUCCUGUCGCAACAAGAUUGUCGGUAGCUAUUACGCGGAUCCUGAGACCGACUGCCAAGUCUUCCAUGUCUGUGUCUCUGUAGCCGGCUCUAUUCAGGAUUAUAAGUUCCUCUGUCCCAACGACACCGCUUUCGAUCAAGAGAGUCAAACCUGCGCGGACUGGUACGAUGUGGAUUGCGAGGCCGCGACUCUCUACUACGCCAGCGAUAACUUCGACCUGUACAGAAUCGGUUCCGGUCUGGAGUCCGUGCACUACGACAGCUUGCGUAGCAGCGACGCCGAGCCACAGGAUCAUCUUCAGCGCAGCGAGAGCAGCGACGCGGUUCGUUCCUCCGCGAACACGGUGAACCGAGUAUCAUCGUCCAACUACAACAAUCGCGAGGUACUGCGAAGCAGCAGUAGCGGCAACUUGUACAACAGAAACAACAAGGAGGACGACUACGAGAACGAGAAGUCGUACAAAGAGGAUCAGGACACCAAGAAGAAGGGCGGCGUCAGGAAGGUCAGUAGGAAGCAGCCGUACACCGGUAAUGGUAGCGGCAACUAUUCGCCAACGACCACCACGUCGGCGCCGGUCGUGUCCAAUCAGAACGCCUACAACGGCAAUUACUACAACAAUUACAAUAAUCAACGAUCCACGACGUACGUUUCGUCGACGACCGCCCGCCCCCAAGACAACUACAACAGGAAUCAGAACACGCAAAGAUACAGCGCGCCGUCGUCCACGUAUCGACCCAGCACGACGUACCAGGAUACGUAUAGUAAUUACCAGUCACCCAGCACGACCGCCAAACCGACCUCCAACGCCGUCUACCACACCAACUUCUUCAAUGCCUACAACCCGAACUACAAUCAACAGAAUACCGGCAGUUCCGUUCAACCGACAACGCUGAAGCCGAGCAGCUACAAUCCGAAGACCAGCCAACAGAUUUAUCAAUUCGCGCAAUCCACCACCGUACAGCCGAGCACAAAUUACCAGACCAGCGAUUACACCAACUACCAGCAGAGAAGCUACAACAACAUCCAACGAGGGAGCAGCGUAUCAGUCGCGUACCAGUCCACCACGCCCGCGCCUACCGUUUACAACAAUAAUUACAACAACAACAACAACAACGGCCAGUACAGACAACCAGCUACGUCCACUAGUCAGGAUAUUCCCCAGACCACCGCCAAAUACUACCCCAACAAUUUUGCGAGCAAUAGUUACGCACCCACCACUUACAGCCCGGCAACGAAAAAAUAUGUCAACGUAGACAAUGCUGCCGCGCAGACCGCCUUGAGGAACACUGACAACGGCCAGUAUUUCGACAAGACCAGCCCAGCGAUCAAGCCCUCCACUCAGUACUACGAUAGCACGAAAACACCCAAGAAGGCAACUCAAUACAACAACUACGACAACGCGAGCAGCGGCAAGUCGUACUACAUCGAGACGAGCACGGGUAGCUUCAACCUCGCGAGAUCUUCCGUGGGGAUCGGUUUCAGUCCCGCGAGUAUCAACCAUCUCGCCGAGUCGCCGAGGACCACCACGCCGGUACCGAGACGAGCUUCUAGCGCUACGACCUACAACCCGAAUAACUUCAGUUCCAACGCUCCGAGGACCGCUCAACCGACGACGACGCCACGCGGAAUUACGUACGUCAGCGGAUCCGCGAGGCCGUUCACGUCGACGACUAGAUUGCCCAGCAGCAGCGGCAGCAGCAACAGCGGCAGCAGCACGACGGCGCGACCGAAGUCGGGCAAGAAGAACGACUACGAUUACGCGUAUUACGACACCACGGGCGGCCUGGAAUACGACGGGGUCGACCUCGAGCACGUCACCAGCAACAAGGAGUCCACGAAAAUUGCGAGGAAUUAAAACACUCUCGCGUCGUUGCCGCGUCAAAUCCCUCGAGCCUCGUCGAUGCCAGUGAUGUAGAGUAUUGAGGAGCAAGUAUCUCCUUUUGUAGUUUCAGGUAUAGGUAUGUGUCUUUAAUACCUAUAUGCUUAGAUACAUCUUUUGCACCUCCUUACGUAGACAGAUUCAUUAUUUUUGAAUAUUCAUCCUUCAGAUUAAGCCUUUCUCAAAAAGCACUUAUCACAUUUCAAAUCGACUCAAUGGUUUACAAUAUGAUUAAACGUAAUCGAAGUUGUACGAAAGUGAGACUUCCAAUUAGCUGAGAUUAGACGUACUUUUGAAGUAUCUAUACCUAGAUACUAGAAACAAAAGUACUUUUUACAUCACUGAUCGACAGGAGAACUCCUUGUGAAUUAUUGUUUGUUAGUGGCCAGUCAUCGUCAAAAUCGGUCUUCGAUCAAGAGUAUUCGCGCAAAGGGACGCGAGAGGGGAAGCGUACAAAUAUUGAAUACCGAUUUUGAGAGAGAAAAAGAAUUAUCGAUCGAUAUUGGAUCCACAAUGCGUAUAUGUUCAAUCGAGAUUUGACGGCUCGUCCGCCGUUAUUAACAAUAUAAUUUCGUAGUUCAGUAUUCUAGGCUAAUUGUUUAUACAUACUUUCUUACGAUGCUCGAUCCGCGCAGCAUUAAGCAUCGACGUAUCGAUAUUACGAACGUUAAGAAAUUCUAAACAACGUUGGCGCAAAAGAUUGUGUUUCGAACCCUUUUCCCUUCUACCUCGUCGCGCAAAAGAAAAUGUCGAGGUAACUUGAUUAUUAAUAACGCUUACUAUAUAUUAAUUAAUUGGCGCGUAAAUGCCGAGUUUGGUUGUCGAAUCGUUAAAUUUCUCACAUUUUUCGUGCACGCAUAUCGACAAAAGCACGCGCGAGACGUGUCCAGGUUUAAGAUUGUUUAAUUACCUGCGUCCCCUGAAGUAUACGUACUGAGUGUAUAUACACUAUAAUUAUUUUAAUUAAGAAAAGCAUUAAACACCAUGGUUUAUUAUUUCA